AUGGCUCCACCAAAGAAGACCGUGAAGAUGGAUUUGAACUCGUUCCUUAACGAUGAUACUUUUGGAUCAUCGUGGGCGGAGGAAGAGGUUGACUUGAACAAGAUUACGAUUCCGAUCGAGAAUUUGAAAGCAAACACCAUACCGCUGGAAGAGCUGGCAGCAGCCAAGAGCUCAGGCGUUGGCGGAGGAAAUUUCAGAGGUUCUAGACUGGAUCCAGCCCUUGGCGGUGGCAGACGUGAUUUCUCAGACCGUGUCGAGUACCCUGUGCCAGAUCAUCCACCCUACAGGGCUAUCAUCAACAACAUCCCCUGGGACAUCUCGCCGGAGGGCGUGCAGGCGUGGGUUGAGGACGGUCUGCAAAAGCCAGGGUCUGUUGAAGAAGCGGACUUGCCAAGAAGCAUGAAGGAUCCAACUCGGUUGAAGGGCAUUGCGUUCAUCACAUUGAAGGAGCGUGAGGAUUUGGUCCAAACUCUGACGUUCAACGGUACCAAGUUGAACGAGCGUACCGUGUAUGUCUCGGUGGCCGCGCCAAGAAGGGAGGGAUUCAGAGGCGGUGAUGAUUUCGACUGGAACGGCGCCCGCGGUUCCAAUUUCCAGGCUUCUAGAGACUCGGCAGGCCCAGAACUUGACUGGGGUGCCGCUAGGGGUUCCAACUAUCAGGAGAGACGCGAGAGAAGGGAAGAGCCAAACUUGGAUUGGGGUGCCGCCAGAGGGUCAAACUACCAGGAGAGACGUGAAAGGAGGGAAGAGCCAAACUUGGAUUGGGGUGCUGCCAGAGGGUCAAACUACCAAGAGAGACGUGAAAGGAGGGAAGAGCCAAACUUGGAUUGGAGUGCCGCCAGAGGAUCCAAUUACCAAGAGAGACGUGAAAAGAGGGAAGAGCCAAACCUGGACUGGUCUGCGGCCAGAGGCUCGCAGUUCCAGGAAAGGAAGCCAAGAAGAGAGGAACCCAACUUGGACUGGAGUGCCUCUAGAGGCUCCCAGUUCCGCGAAAGAAAACCAAGAAAGGAGGAACCUGAACUCGAUUGGGGUGCGGCCAGAAGUGCUCAAAUUCCAGAGAGAAAACCAAGAGUCAACGUUAACAGGAAGGUCGCUGCCACUGAAACCACUGAAGAUAAACCCAAGAUUCAAAAGUCUGCUUUCGACGUGCUAAGCAACGAAGACGAAGACGAUGAAGAAUCAGAACAGCAAGAAGAGGCGGCAGAGGAGAAAAAGGCCCCAGUUGAUCAAUUAGCUCAAAAAACUAGUAAAUUGAGUGUGGAAGACAAUGGCGAAUGGGAAACCGUUGGCAAGAACUAG